AUGGGCAGGAACCUUGAGCCAGGCACUAUUGAGGUCUGGUCCCUUGACUACCUGUCCUACGAAUCUGUUGUGGCCUUCGCGGAGCACGCAAAACACCUGCAACGUCUCGAUAUUGUGGUGCUGAACGCUGGGGUGUAUCGAUCCACUCUAAGAAUCAGUCCCUCGACGGGCCACGAGGAGGAUAUCCAAGUCAAUUACCUGUCGACCGCGCUUCUCGCUAUUCUCCUUCUUCCUAUUCUCAAGGUGAAGCAUGCUGGGCCGGAGCGUGGCCGACUCAUUUUCGUGGCAUCGGUUGCUGCUGCUUGGGCCAAGUUCACGGAACGAGAAUUCAAACUGAUACUGUCUGCUUACGACAAGCCUACGAAAUUCGAUUGGGCGGAGCAAUCUGCAGUGUCCAAGCUGCUGGCACAGCUCUUCCUCGUCGAAGUGGCGAAACAUGUCCCUCCAUCCGUGGCCAUCAUCACUUCCGUUCAUCCUGGCUUUUGCCGGGGCUCUUGCCUGGCGAAAGAUGCUGACGGAACAUUUCUAGGUCUUAUGGUUGGUAUUCUAAUGCGAACCUUGGCAAGGGAACUUUCUGCUGGCGCAGCGACAAUCGUUGAUGCUGCUGUGAAACAUGGCGAGGAGAUUCAUGGGCAAUACCUGGAAGAUUGCGAACUGAUUCCUUAA